AGCUGCAGCAAUAGGUUUGUUCGUUUUUAACCAGGUUUCUUACCCGGGUAAGGUUAAAUCCAGAGACCUGUUAUAGGUCUUUGGUUAAAUCAGGGGUAAAAAGUGGAGAGCGGAGUAAGGAGAGUAAGGAAAGUGUAGACCCGGUUAGACUGAGUAAUAAAAACGAACAAACCUAAUCAAUCUCUCAGUGGGUGGUAAAUAUGUGUCGCAGUUUAUUGUUUAUGUUGAAUUGUUGAAUUUCUCAGAACUUCCGGCCACUCUCAUGUGUUCUCGACUCUCUCGACUCAGUCGACUCGUUGUUAGACAAUGUCUCGCGUUUACUCCGACUGUUUAAAUUAGUUUAGUGUUAACUCUAAGUUUUAAAAAUGGACUUAUAAAGUAACCCUAUAUACCUUACAAGGUAAAGUGUACGAAGUACGAUAAAUCCAUCGGUUCCUUGUUGAAAGUGAAUUUUUCAACUCAACUCCUAGAGUCAAAAGCUUCGUUUGACUGUUUUCAAUCUCAGCUACAUUUUAUCAAAAUGGAUAAAGUUCUAAUAAGUACAGACUGGGUUACAUGUCCAUUCGACCCUAAUCAUAUAAUGAAAUACUCCAAGUUCCACAAUCAUUUCGUGAAAUGUAAAGAAGCUCAUCCAAACGACCCACGAGUACAAUGCCCAUACUACGCUAGCGAGUUAAUACACCCCGAUAACCUGAAAGAACAUCUACUAAGCUGCCAAUACAAGACGUUGUAUGCCGAUUUAUACUUCGAUUCGAGUAAAUUGCCAGUUUACGAAGCUCCUUGUCAUGUCAAUUACGGCGAAGAAAGCGGCGGCGACGAAAGCGACGACGAUAAAGAAACUGUGAUAACUGUCGGUAGGAGUAGUCUGUUUUCUGGUACUACUCGCCGGAGCACUAAAUCUUACAGCACUGUUUCUCAACCAUUUGGUAAACUUCGUCAAAAUAACGUCAUCAUUGGCAAACCAACGCGAGAAAGUUACGCCUUCAAGUAUAUCGACGAAGAUGACACGAAUGACUCGAUGGGUGAACUUUUGCGUCGUGAUGAUAGCGGAAAUUGUAGUCGGAGUAGUUCUAGUCCUUCGAAUCAGUCUACGAUGUGUACUCCGUCCAGUGAAAACAGUAGCAGCGUCAGUAGUCCGUCAAUUCCUGCGUCUCCUAUUAAACCAUUCGAAAGGAAGGUGGGAUUGGGCAGAGGUAAAGUGAUACAGAAGCUGAUGAGUUCGUCGACUUCGUCGUUGGAAAGCUGCGGAGGUUCUGGAAGAGGUGCUUGGUUCCGUGCCAGAGUCAAUUUAAAUUGAUUUGCUAUUUAGAUUUUAGAAUUAAAUUCAAGACUUCGUAUUUGAUAUUUGUUUGUUUCUUUUUUUAUACGUAUUUAGAGUGUUUUUUCUUCGAGAAUUUUCGUUAAUACAUAUUUUGUAUGUAGUAUUUUUGACUGUC